AUGCACCUAAACCAUGCCGUCGAGCUCGGUCUCGGGGUGGCGGAGAUCGCCUCGGGAAUGGCGACUGCCCUUGCGGUGAUGCACUGGGGGGCGAGGACGAAUGCGAGGGAUGUGGAAUUCGCCCUCGGGAGCGUCACGGAACCUCUGCCAAGUAUGAGCGCCGCAGAGAUCGCUGCCCUGCCCCCAAAUACCUGGACCGGGCCCCCUAGCGAUGACCUGGAAGACUUCCAUCAUCGAAAGACUGUUCUUUGGCUCUUUGACUUUAACCAGGUCAGGGCCAUCACCAUGGACGCCGAGGGCAUCGCCCAGGCAGUUGAGGCCUUCAGCAUCAACGACCCAUACUACCCAAGGCCACUGCAAGAGUCCCCAGUCGCCCAGGGUCUGUGGGACCAAUUUGUUCAAGUCUACCUAGACACAGCUGGGAGAGUCUUGACGGGUGAACGAGAGAUCUUGGAUCUCCCGAACCAGUUUGUUCAGGGGGUGGUGAGGAUGGAGAAGGAGAAGCAGGACAAGAGGAAGGCUAUGGAGGGUUAA